UAUUGCACAGAAUCAGUGCCGGAGACAUUGCUUUCCGUUCGUAGCUUUAAUUCCGCAGAUGUGCUUUAGAAAUAAUAAAAUUUUGAUUUCUGUACACGCUAUUUGCAUCAUGCAUUUUAUUUUGUGUUCCGUAUCGGGGAAUCAACUAAAGUGAAAGUGUAAUCAGAUUCAACAUUGAAAGCAUUAAGUAAAUAGCACUCGGCCUCCUAUGUAUUUAUUAAAUUAAACGGGAAUAUAAACAAUUUGUAUAAAUUAAAUACAGCUAUGAAAGUUUUGUGGAUAUUUAUUGUAUGUUUUAGUUUUCAUCUGUGGCAGCAUGCAGUUUCUGCUGGUGCUCUAAAAUUUUGUACAACGACCAAAAGACAAUCUAGAACCAAUGAUGUAUUAUUAAGAAAAUGUAAAGAAUUAAAUGACAAUUUUAAUGAAAUUGUGUGCCAAAUUGCGAUCGACCGUCUUACAUGCUUAAAGAUGUUAUCUGCAGGAUUAGCAGAUUUUACCAUAUUAGAACCUGAAGAUUUAUCUAUUACAACUAUGAGUAUUAUUGACAGCAGUAACAUUUUAGUAACACAUGAAUUAAAAAUGUUUUCUGAAAAUAAGCCACAAUAUGAUUUGGAAAUGAUCGCAAUUGUUAAAAAUAAUUUUGACAAUACGUGGGUCACCAAAGACAAAAAAUUAUGUUAUAUUGGUUUUGAAACUGGUUACAAGCCAAAUUAUCAAUAUCAUUAUACAUCUUACUUUGAAAAAUGGCUUAUAAACAAAAACUGUGAUCCAAAAAAAACAUUAAUUGAGAAUCGAAUUGCAGAUAUUUCUUAUCACUUCGAAUCGGCAUGUAUUGCUGGACCGUGGACACUCGAUGCUGCAUACGAUGGCAUUUUAAAGUCCAAGUAUAAAAAUCUGUGCGCACUUUGCGGUAGUCCAUCUGGUUGUUACGAAGGCGAUAGAUUCUAUGGGAUGCAGGGUGCAAUAUCCUGUUUAUUGGAAAAUGUUGGUGAAAUUGCAUGGCUUAGUAGAAGUAUCGCAGUGCCAUAUUUUGCGGAAAUGUCAUCUUAUGGUUUUAGUCUUCUUUGUCCCGAUGGAAUGUUUAUUCCACUUUCUGUAAAUAAAACUUGUACUUGGAUUACUGAACCCCGACCAACCAUAGUAGCAAGAAGUGAAGUCGCCGAUCGUGUUUUAAAAAGUAUAACAGAUAUGGAAAGAAGUGGCAAAGCAUUUUAUUCAAUUGUUCAUGCUUCGUACAAGUUUUCACAUUUGAAAAAUGUUGUACCAGCAUUAAUACCUGAAGAAUAUAUGAGAAGUUUCCAAGGUUACUUAAGCUCGAAAGUGCAUUCGUACUGUCCACCAGAUAGAACAGUUCGAUGGUGUGUUUCCUCGAAUAUUGAGGCCAGUAAAUGUGGUUGGAUCCAGGCAGCAGCAUUAGCAGUUGAUAUACAACCAAAAAUUUCUUGCAUUCAGCAAAAAGAUAAAAAAUCUGCAAUUCAAGCAAUCGUAGAUGAUCGAUGCGAUGUUUAUAUUGCUAAACCGGAGGAGGAAUUAAAUGCAAGAAGUAUGAAUUUAACUCCAAUAGCUCACUUAAUUUCGAAUAAAGAUUUGGAAGCGAAUAGAUUUGCUGCUAUUGUAAAGAAAGAUGCUAAAUUUAAAAAUUUAAAUGAUUUGAAGGGUUCAAACGCUUGCUUUACAGGAUACAAAAGCGUAGGUUGGAAUUCUUUUUUCACUAUAUUAAGAAAUAGUUCUUCUCGUUGGGAUUGUUCGGAUGCCAAAGCAAUGUCGCAGUUUUUCAAUAGAAGCUGCGUUUAUGGUCUUAGUGAAAUGAACACCACAAUUCCGAAAAAUUUGUAUUCUCUGUGCAAUUCCAGUUUUAUAGAUAAGAGUUUGGGACCUGAGGAAAAUACUUUCAAGUGUUUAAUGAAUGGAGGCGAUGUUGCUUUUGUCAAUGUGAGCGCAGCAAAGAAGUAUUACUCCGAAUUUUCAAUUUUCUAUAUGAACUAUAAAAUUCUUUGUCAAGAUGAAACGAAUAAAAGUGAAGAGCCAUGUUUUCUAGUUGAAACUACUUUAGGAUCGAUCUUAGCAAGUAAGAAUAUUACACAAGUAAGAAGAGAAGAAAUUUACUUGUUGUUUUUGUCUCUUGAUCGAUUUUUUGGAAAUAUUUAUGAUCGUGAAACUGCUAUGUUCACAUUAUAUGGUCCUUACGAAGGGCAUUCAGAUAUUAUAUUUCCAGAUAAAACACAGCAUCUUCAAAAACACGUUGACGAUCGUCGUCGAGGUCAAACAUAUGAAGAAAUCUUGGAAAACCUUCAGGAUAAAGUUAUUUGUGGUUUAUCCAGUAAUUCAUCCUUGAAAAGCAGCAUAUCCUUCUUAACAUUUAUGAUUUUUCAUGCGAUAUGGACUUUAUCUGCCUAGUCAUCCAAUGUUCUGAACCAGAUGGUGGACUUUUCAAAUGAUUUGCCAUUAACAUAUCUACUAUCGCAGCUCGUCGUUUUG